AGACUGGCCAGUUAUCAGUUACAGGAAAGAAAUCAAAGGCUUCUCACACAUCUGUCGAGUGCAACCAGUGCAAAGCCAAAAGCCUGGGAGAGUAGACUUAAAUCAUGGCGAAGCGGAGACGAAACGGAUCUCGUGGUAAUGGUCGUACUGCUCGAGGAGGAGUUCAAGCACAGCAACAACAGCAACGCAAGCGGCCACCUAUAAAGGCUCUGAGGGAACCAGCUAUUUUUGCUAAUCGAUCGGGCAGCGCCUCAGACACCCCUCAAGAAAAAGUGACUUUAGCCCAGGCUCGGCGUGGCACUCCAGCUCAACGGCCAGUCCGAGUGUACGCCGAUGGAAUAUUUGACCUCUUCCAUUCGGGUCACGCACGAGCUCUGAUGCAGGCCAAGAAUUUGUUCCCAAACACACAACUGAUUGUUGGCGUAUGCAGCGAUGCCCUGACGCACAAGUAUAAAGGCUACACGGUCAUGACGGAGGAUGAGCGAUAUGAAGCCCUCAUACACUGUCGUUAUGUGGACGAGGUGGUCCGUGACGCUCCCUGGACUCUUACUUCUGAAUUCCUAAAAAAACACAGGAUUGACUUUGUGGCGCAUGAUGAUAUCCCAUACACCUCUGCGGGAUCAGAAGACGUCUACAAACAUAUCAAAGAAGCAGGAAUGUUUGUGGCGACUCAGAGAACGGAGGGGAUCUCUACCUCUGACAUCAUCACACGCAUCGUUCGAGACUAUGACGUCUACGUCAGACGAAACCUGCAGAGAGGAUACACGGCACGGGAACUCAACGUUGGCUUCAUCAAGGAGAAAAAGUAUCGUCUGCAACAGCAGGUGGACAGAAUGAAGGAGACGGUGAGGACGGUGGAGGAAAAGUCCAAACAUUUAGUCCACCGCGUUGAAGAGAAGAGUCACGACCUCAUCUACAAAUGGGAGGAGAAAUCUCGAGAGUUCAUUGGAAACUUCCUGGAACUGUUCGGUCCAGAUAAAGCCUGGCACAUGAUUCAGGAGCGAAGUGGCCGUGUUCUCCAGGCUCUGUCUCCUUAUCAGUCUCCGAGUACAUCCCCCAGCUCCAGUCCCACCAGAGGACGCUCUACAUCACCCGACAGCCACUGGCCCCUUCUCCGCUUCCGCUCACCACCACCCAAAGAAGCCUCCAUCAGCAGCAGUGAUGGUGACGAGGGGGACAAGUAGAUCCACAAUGGCAGAUUAAAUAACAAAUUGAGAUCUACAACAAUUCUGAGAUAACAGAGGUCUCAAAGAUCCAGACUUACCUCCUAAUUUUGCAGAAGAUGUGUUCAAAAAUUAGUGGUCACAUUUACUGUUUCUCUGCCAAUUUUUUUGGGGAGGCAAAAUCCAGCCGUUUCAGUGGGAAUGGGGGCUGUGUGCAACAAACUUCUGUAUUCUGUACAACUUAUUAUUUAAGUCUUUGUUAAAUAUGGUUAAAGUUGCCAUCAAAGGAACCACCAAAGAUGAAAUGUCUGUCAUAUACAAACUAAUGUCAAAAUAGUUAUUUGAUUUGACCGUUUAAUAACACGUUCAUCUAAAAGAAAUAUGAUAAAACAGGAUCAAUAUAAAGAACUGGCUAGUUUAGCUGAUUAACUUAAUAAUAUAUAUUGGUGUCACACUGUUUACACUUCUGUUAAAAAGACAAUAUGUAAUAUUGUAUCAUAAAAAAUACGCAAAAAA